UUCUGCACGCCAUUUUGUAAUUUUGAGCAUGUUGAUUUGUUCACGAAAAUGAUUAUCCUAACGCUAGUUUCUAAUUCUAGGAGUAUAAUUGAUUAAGUAUAGUUUAAUAAGACAAAAGAAACAAUACAGCAAAAUGGAUAUGCCAGAAGUGAAGGCGUUCAACGCGGAGUUAUCCGGGUUGUACGACAACAAGCCUCCGAUCUCGAAGGCAAAGAUGAGUGCUAUCACAAGGGGUGCUAUUAAGGCUAUAAAGUUCUACAAGCACGUCGUACAUAGUGUAGAAAAGUUCAUUCAAAAGUGCAAGCCAGAGUAUAAAGUGCCUGGUUUAUACGUGAUAGAUUCGAUAGUACGGCAGUCGCGACACCAAUUUGGGCAGGAUAAAGAUGUGUUCGCGCCGCGGUUCGCUAAGAACAUGCAGCAGACCUUCGCGAACCUGUUCAGAUGCCCUCCUGAAAAUAAGGGUAACAUCAUCCGAGUGCUAAACCUGUGGCAGAAGAACAAUGUGUUUGGUCCGGAGGUGAUCCAGCCGCUGAUGGAUAUGGCGGAUCCUAACCACCCGCUGCACCAGGAGAUCCAGCAACAACAGAAUAACACUGCUAAUGGGAGCAGUCUAACACUGAACACCAGCCACAACUCGGACAAGAAGAUAUCCCCAGUACCGGCUCCGCUACACACUCCUCCGGACAACUCUCCUAUGGGUGAUUCUUUCCAGGACCAACCGUCAGGCAACCAAGGCGUCAAGUUCAACCGCAAACUCCUUUCCAACGACUUUGAAUACGAGAGUGAUGACGACGGCGGACACGACACGCACACGUCGCACGCUACACACUCCACACACUCCACACAUGCGUCGCAUUCGACACAUACCCAGCCGCAGCAGACCGCUGACACAUUGCCAUUGGGAAGUAUACUGACGAAUCCUGAGAUAAUGCGGCAGCUACAGAGCCUUCAGGCGCAAAUGCAACUCAUGACUGGAAUGUCGGGAAUGCAGAUACCUAAUUUAAUGCCAAUGAUGUCAGAACUACAGCAGAAUCAAAACCAACCGUUUUUGAACAAAGAACAGCAGAAACAGAACGAGUCCAAAGAUGACAUGGUGGAAUCUGACAUCGAGUUUGUAGAGACAGGGCCGCAGGUUAUUGAAAUACCUGACGCUAAUGACUCCAGGAGUCCGUCUCCGCGGAGGAGGCAUCGCUCUCGCUCACGCUCGCGCGGCGGCCGGCGCCGGCGCACUCGCUCUCGCUCUCGCUCCAGUCGCUCGCCGCGGCGGAGGCGAGACAAGGAACGGGACAGAGAACGGGAUCGUGAUAGAACUAAGGAUAAUAAGAGUCACAAAGAGAGGGAAGCUGACAAAGAGAAGCAAAGGGAACGGGAGAAGAAAGGGUUACCACCAAUAAAGAAGGAGAAUUUAAGUGUAUGCAGCACAACACUGUGGGUAGGCCACUUGUCGAAGCUGGCCACUCAGGAGGAGCUGUCGGACCUGUUCGGCGCCGUGGGCGGCGUGACCUCCAUCGACGUGGUGGCGCCCCGCGGCUGCGCCUUCGUGGUCAUGGAGCGCCGCCGCGACGCGCACAAGGCCCUCACUACGCUCAACAAACAUAAGCUGCACUCUAAAGAAAUUGCCGUGGCGUGGGCGCCCGGCAAAGGCGUGAAGGGGCGCGAGUGGAAGGACUACUGGGAGGCGGAGCUGGGCGUGUCGUACCUGCCGUGGGGCGCGCUGCAGCAGCGCUGGGCGCUCGGGGCGCUGUCGCUGGACGCGCUGGAGGACGGCGGCGCCGUGGACGAAGAGACGCUGCCGCCGUGGCUGCCUCCCAGGGUAAGUGGAAGGACUACUGGGAGGCGGAGCUGGGCGUGUCGUACCUGCCGUGGGGCGCGCUGCAGCAGCGCUGGGCGCUCGGGGCGCUGUCGCUGGACGCGCUGGAGGACGGCGGCGCCGUGGACGAAGAGACGCUGCCGCCGUGGCUGCCUCCCAGGAGACGCUGCCGCCGUGGCUGCCUCCCAGGGUAAGUGGAAGGACUACUGGGAGGCGGAGCUGGGCGUGUCGUACCUGCCGUGGGGCGCGCUGCAGCAGCGCUGGGCGCUCGGGGCGCUGUCGCUGGACGCGCUGGAGGACGGCGUGGAAGGACUACUGGGAGGCGGAGCUGGGCGUGUCGUACCUGCCGUGGGGCGCGCUGCAGCAGCGCUGGGCGCUCGGGGCGCUGUCGCUGGACGCGCUGGAGGACGGCGGCGCCGUGGACGAAGAGACGCUGCCGCCGUGGCUGCCUCCCAGGGUAAGUGGAAGGACUACUGGGAGGCGGAGCUGGGCGUGUCGUACCUGCCGUGGGGCGCGCUGCAGCAGCGCUGGGCGCUCGGGGCGCUGUCGCUGGACGCGCUGGAGGACGGCGGCGCCGUGGACGAAGAGACGCUGCCGCCGUGGCUGCCUCCCAGGAUCCUACCCAAGACCCUAAUGGACGGCAUGGUCGGCAUGAUGCCCAUGGGCAUGCCCGGCCCGGCCGGCAUGCCCCCCAUGCCCAAUGCCAUGCCCAACCCGUUGCAGAACGCAAUGCCCAACGCGAUGCAGAAUGCCAUGCCCAAUGCAAUGCCUGGACCAAUGCCAGGCAUGCCUGCGUUGCAGUUACCACCACCUGGCAUGGGUCCGGGUCUGCCCCCCGGCAUGCCGCCGGGCAUGCCCCCCGGCUUGCGGCCGCCGAACAUGCCGCAACAAGUUCCUGGUAUGCAACCUGAAGCGGGUAUGCCGCCGACCAGCGCACUCUUGAGAUUCCCGGGAAUGCCACCACAGCCGAUACAGUCCAUGCAAUCUAUGCCACAACCGGGCAUGGCGGCGCUGCCGGGCUUCCUGGGCGGGCUGCUGGCCGUGGGCGGGCUGGUGGGGGGGGUGCCGCUGCAUCAUGCACCGCCACAGCAUCAACAGAUGCAGCAAAGGGUGUCGGAGGUGACGAGAACCGACGACGCGAUGGACCUGGAUACAGAGGAUACUCAUAACGAGGAAGUGUCCAGUGAACAACCCCCCCCGCUAUCAGACCAGCUCCAAGCUCUACUCUCAAAACCACCGCCCGGCUUCAAUUCCUCUGAACCUCCCCCCCCAUUCAACCUAUCCGAGCCUCCCCCCACAGCGCCAAACACAGAAGACAAACAAGACGACAAGCGGGACCGGGACCGCCGGGACCGCGACCGGGAUCGCCGGGACCGAGGCGACCGGGAUAGAAGAGACCGGGAACGGGGCAAUAGGGACAGGGAAAGAGGCGGGCGGGAUCGUGAUCGGGACAGAGGCGAUCGUGACCGCGAACGUGACCGUGACCGCGGCGGGCGGGACCGGCGCGACCGGGACCGGGACCGCGACAACCGGGACCGGUUUAAUGCGCCGAGGGAUAACAAUAAUAGAGAACAGAGCCGGUCCAAGUCCCCGCGCGAGGGAGGGGCGGGGGGUGAAAAGUCGUUGCAGGAACGAUUAUGGGAGAUGGCCAAUGGCAAACGUGACGAGUUCCCGCAGCCGCAACAACAAGAUAACAUAGGUCCUGAAGAGAACAGGGUUGACCGGCCGCCUCUGGAUCGAAUGCCACGACCAGGAAUGGACGGUGAGGGCGACGCGGCCGACGACUGGCGCCGCGUCGAGGGACCGCACGCGCCGCCCUUCAGGCCCGAUCCGAGAAUGCGAGGACCCCGACCGCCUGUAAGAGGGCCAUGGAUGGAGCAAGGUCCGGGCGGGCCUGGAGGCCCCGGGGGUCAGGGUCCGCCGUUCGGUGCGCGGUUCAACGGGCUCGGCCCCCCGCCCGGCUUCCCCGGCCCCGGCCCCGGCCCCGGCCCGCGCUUCGAGCGCCCGCCCUUCGCGCGCAUGCCGUUCGACGGCCCCGCCCGGCCCCCGUUCGACGGCGGCCGGCCUCCGUUCGACGGCCCCAGGCCUCCAUUCGAUGGUCCGCGCCCGCCGUUUGACGGCCCGAGGUUCGACGGCCCCCGAGCGCCGUUUGACGGUCCGCGCCCGCCCUUCGACGGUAACAGGCCUCCUUUCGACGGCCCGCGACCACCAUUCGACGGCCCGCGACCACCUUUCGACGGCCCGCGACCACCUUUCGACGGCCCGCGCCCGUUUGACGGACCGUUCGACGGUGAACGUCCGUUCGACGGUCCACCGGAGUUCUUUAACAACAGACGCUUCGAGGACCGAGAGUUCAACGACCGGGGCUGGAACGGGGACCGCGAGCGCGGCGACCGCGACUGGAACGAUCGCAGGACCGACUGGGACGACCGCCGGAGGGACAGGUUCCGGGACAAGGACAACGAGGACAGGUCAGGACAGGACAGGUUCGACAGGAACAGGAACGACAGGAGGAGGAACUUUGACGAUAGGAACGAUCGGGACCGGGACCGUAGUGACCGUGACCGCAGUGACCGUGACAAGAGUGAUCGCGACAAGAGUGACCGCGACCGUCCUAAGAGGGAGGAGCGCUCGCGUGCCGAUCGGCAGAAAGAUAGGAAAUCUAGAUGGGGCGCAGCGGAAGAAUUAAAGGAGGGUGAGACUUCUACAGAGGCCGCGGAGGCUCCUAAAGAGAGCACUGAAGCGCCUAAAGAGGUUAGCACGGAGCAACCUGAACAAAUGGAUAUUCGGUCUAAUCAGGAACAAAACGUGGAAACUAAAGAACCAGCAAGGAAUCAAAGAGUGGAAUCUAAAGAACAAGCGAGUGAGUGUGCGCCGAUGGAAACUGAGAGUACAAUAGAUACGCAUCAGGAAAGAGAACCAGUAGAAAUAGAGACAAAGCAAUAUGAAGAAGCUCCUGAGUCGCAGAGCUUUGAUGAUAGUCAGCAAGCGGAAGAACCUGCAAACAGGGAAGAGACUCGAGAAAGUUAUGAGGAAAGGGUAGAGGUUCCAAUGGACGAACCGAGAGAAGAAACGAGAACGUUUGAAGCUGCACCAGUGAGUGAAGUCACUGAAACGCCAGAUUUAUAUGACGCAAAUGACGCAGUAGACACCAGCUUCUCAAUAGCACCGGAAAAGAACGAAACAGAGGACAGAAUAGAAUCUACAGAGACAGAGAAUAGAAUAGUGUCUACAGAAGAGUCCAAAAGUGAGGACAUUUUCGAGCCAUCUAAAGGAGAGCCUUGACAGCGCCGAAGAUGGAAAUCGGGCUAUUUCCAGUGGAACUGAUUCGGGGGACGUGGCGGAUUGUCCGACUAUGGUGUAACCGUCUUAUUUGGUAAGAAUUUCUAAACUUACUGUGACUUGUAGAUUUUGAAAUUUGAUUUCGGAAUGGUGAUAUUUUUUUGACAGAUAUUUUAGUUUGAACUGUAACUAUUCGCGUCGUUUAUGUUAUAAAAUAACGGUAAAUGUUUAGCCAUAUUAGAAAUAUCUGAAUAGAUAUCUUGAAAGUGUUGAGGUUAGAAUUUUUUUAUCAAAUAAGACGUAAAUUCAAAGACAAUUUAAUUUUUAAUUUUAUUGAAUGUUGACAAAUAGACUGAUUAAUGAAAUUCCUCUCUCGUGAACGUUAAAUGCGAGACGAGUACAAAUUAUUUAUUUUAAAAUCGAAUCUGUGGCGCUAGAAGCGGAAAUUGACAGCUAAAUAACAUAUUGGUGGCGCUCUUGAGCAAAAGGUACCGUUUUUUAUCGGUUUUCAGUUACGACAAUGUAUUUUAUGGAAUUAUAAACUGAUAAAAUGGUACAUUUUGCCUGAAUACACGUUUCUGUAUACCAUAGUCGGAAAGCGCUUACAGUGAAAUCAAAGGCAUACUAGAGUCGCGAAUCGCAAAGAGGCAAGAUAAAGCAUCAGCUUCAAGUAGCUUCAAAGACGGAUGGAUGUUUUAUCUUGGUUUUGUGCGAACACGUGCCGAUAGAAACCGUAUGACGCCAAAGAUUUUAAUUUUAUAUUUACACCUUGUUGAAAUAUACGUGCCUUAUUGGUGACUUGGUGUUUGCUUUCCACGGCGGCGGAGCGGCGCGCACCCGGCCGCUCAAGUAGAGCGCCCGGGACAGGUAAUACGCACCGAGCACCUAUGUGAACACACCCGCACCGCACAUAUACAUAUACACUUUGUCAAUAUUGCAACAUGACUGUAUAUUUUAACUAUUAAACUCCCGUGAGACUCAAACAUUAAAUUAUUUUAAAGCGGGUAAAUAAUAGCUCGACAUGUUUCGAUCCAAUUUACGAGGACCGUCUUCACGGAGCAACGACACGUCUUCACUGGUCGAGGGCGCGCCGGAAACAUGUCGAACUAUUCGACUUAAUAAUACGUGAGUGACCCGCAUUAAAAUAAUUUAAUAUGACUUUGUAUACACGGUGGCUAAAAAAUAAGUGCAUUCCCGUUGCCAGGGAGAUUUUGGGAUUAUACUGAGCAACUUUUACUAUGGGACCUAGCACGAAAUCGCGAAGAAAAAUUUGGCUGUUUCAUAAAUUUUGGCCGGUCCAUUUUCUAUGGGAGGGUUAUUUUUUUUGCGAUUUUGUGGUUGGUCCCAUAGUAAAAGUUACUCAGUAUAAUCCCAAAACCUCCCUGGCAACGGGAUAGCACUUAUUUUUUAGCCAUCCUGUAUAAUUUUACGGUUUCACUCAUAAAGUUGAAAGAUAGACAUAGCCGGCCGCUCAGACAAAAAAAUGACUUCAUAGCCGGCCGAUUUCGAACGCACACAUACUCAGUUAUGGGGUCAGUCUUCAGAAAUAAUUUCUACUGCCUUUUAUUAUUGAACCUACUGACUCAUGAGUCAUAAUAUCGUUAGUUAUAUGAACUAAAUUUGUUGUACGAUGUUUAAAAUAAAGUUUAUAGAAUCAUUUUGUGUAUGUGACUUGUUUUUGGUAGAAUAGUGUAGUCACAAAGUGAAAUGUCAAUUGAGUAUAGGUAACUAAUUUAGAUUCUAAAAUUAACUUCAUUCAUACUUGUACAAAAUACCUGUCAUGUUGCAAUGUUUCUUGUAUUACGAAACUCGCGAAUCUUGAAAUUUAAUCACUAACACAUUCGUACUCGGUGAGCGUUAUUUUUAUCACUAUGUAUUUAUGCUGAAAUGGAAUAUAACUGACACUAAAAAUCUAAUCUCACCAAAAUUUAAAAUAUAAUCUAAAAAUUAACUUUUUUCAUAAUUAAAAAUUCCAUUACGGUAUAACAAGUUUGAUAUCGCUAGCAAUGUGUGCAAAAUGCCUCCGAAGCGCCACGUCACCCGAAUCAGCCACGGAUAAUGAAGAUUGAAGAUCGACAUUUACACGGAUGUCGUACGACAGUCGUCAGCGGGUCGUCGGUCGGUCACUUGACUCGUCGGUUGUCUUUGCGACGUUUGAACGAUACCGUUUUAUAUUAAUGAUUUGUAAUCUAGGAUGAUACUUAACGUUUUUUCAGAUGCAGACCUUUUAACACAGUCAAUGUUGAAACGCGUCUUUUCAUUGUUAUUCAAUUGUGAAACUAUUGUAUUCUAAAAAAUGUCUUGGGCGUUGCAUAACAAACGACCUUCGUAUUUUUGUUUUGUUGUUAAUUUCAUUCUUAUAUAUUUGUGGUGGAUUGUAAUAUUAAUGAAAUUAUAUGAAUCGAUUGGGACGCGAAUAGAUAUAAAAUUCGUUAAAACACUUGUAAUCAGUGCGUAAGUUGCUGGUACUUAAUUUAAACAUUUCAAGUUAUAGGAGACGAGUCUUCUCAAAAUGUUGGUGAAGGAAUAGUAGACUAUAUGGAAUCAAAAAUGCAUUUUUAUAACAAAUUUUAUUACGAUUCAAAUACAUAUAUAUGAUACGAUAGUUAUAUCUAUACUGACAGAUUUGUAAAUUGGAAAUUAACGAUAUCCAUCACUAUAUUAGCGUAGGGGUAGAUUAGAAUUUGACAUUUAAAAAUAUUGGGCACCUUGUGCUGUACGUUUAAUUUUUAUUGUCUAUAUGUAUCAUAUUUAUUUUAUAAUUUCAGGGGCGUUGUCUUAUGUACGUUUGUUAUUUUACUUCGUUUCUUUCAUGAUUAUUCAUAAUACAUUAGGUAUGUUAUAAUUUUAAGCCCUCUUAUGUAGAUAAGCAUUAAAUUAAAUACAUGCUUCAAUGUUUGUCAUCUUGUGCUUCAAUAAAAACUUAUAAAAUGU